AUGAAUGCUGACAACGUUGAAUCCUAUCUCCGUGACAAUUACGAUCGUCGUAUUUUACUUACCUACCGUACCGUUAAAAAAUUCUAUCUUCGUACUGAACUAGUUCGGUUAGAUAUUCGUUUUCUCAAGUCCUGUCGAGCCAAAGAUAUAAUUCCAAAAUUUCUAUGGUUCAAAACUGCUAAUCGAAAUCUAGCUUCAUCAUCAGCUUAUAAAGAUAGUCAACGUCGUUUGUUAAAUGUUGAGAUCAACUACAAAUAUCAACAUCUUAAUAGACUCAAGAAAAUGUACCGAUAUUCAGCUAGUUUACUUCAACAAUAUUGUUUCGGAGAUUUAUUUGAGAGAAUACAACAAAUAAUUACUACCAUUUGUUGUCCUAUUAUCAAAGAAAAGGAAGAAACAGUUGAGCGUAAACUAUUUGGUCAUUCUCUUUGUACUCAACAAAGAUAUUAUGUCGAUCGGAAAGUUGUCAAGAAUCUCUCGGCACGAAUUUUAUUGGAUGAUGAAAUCGAUUGUCUUGCUAAUGGUCUUGAUUAUGGCUUAGUGUCACGACGUUUUGAUGAGAUGGGCGCUGUGGGAAAUAUUGAACAGUUUUCCCAUCACGUUCCAGAUAUUUUUCAACAUCAUAAAAAGCUUAUGGCUGACCUGAAAGACAAAGAUAAAGUCAUACUCAAUGACAUUCGUGUUCUCAAUACUAUGCAAAUGACUUUGACGAGUAAUCUACGUAGUUUAACUGACACUUUCCAACACCAAGCUAAUCGAUACCGGAAACAACACUAUAUGGUUCGUGGUGAGCAACAGCAAUAUUAUCAACUGCUGAAGUCAUUAAAACAAGAUAAAUCCAUUAUUGUUACUCGUCCUGAUAAAGGUCGAGGAAUUGUUUUAGUGAACAAAAGUGAUUAUUUGUCAAAAAUGAACGCUAUCCUUGAUGAUUCAACUAAGUUUCGUUGUCUUUUUGGUGAUCCUACCAUCCAAAGAGAACGUAGCUUGUCAAAUUUGUUGUAUAGACUAAAGAAAAAUGGUCAUAUUUCGCAAGAAUUCUAUAAUAUGACCAGACCGACUGGAUCCAAUCCUGAGCGACUCUAUGGGUUGCCAAAAAUACAUAAGGAAAAUAUGCCUCUUCGGCCAGUUCGUUCUUCCAUCGGUACAUAUAAUUAUGGUCUUGCUAAGGUUCUGAAACAAAUGCUGUCAAGCAUUAUACAAAACGAGGUGAUCGUUAAGGAUACGUUUGCUUUUGUCAAUGAAUUAAGAUCAUUACCAAAAUCGGCUUCAAAAUACAAAAUGGUAUCAUUUGAUAUUACAAGUCUUUAUACAAAUAUACCUGUUAACGAAACAAUUGACAUUAUUUUGAAGCAUUUAUAUAACGAUGAAAGACCACCACCUACAAUUAAAAAGAAUGACAUGAAGAAACUUUUGGAAUUUGUAACGGAAAAGUCUCAUUUCAUCUUCAAUGGUAAAAUCUAUGAUCAAGUAGAUGGAGUUUCUAUGGGAUCACCUUUAGCUCCUCUUCUUGCAGAGAUUUUUCUGCAAGAAUUUGAAAAGAAACAUCUACCAUUAUUUGAUUUAAUGGGCAUUGGUUAUUGGAAACGUUACGUCGAUGAUAAUUUUGUGUUACUCCACCCAAGAGUUUGUCCAGAUUAUGUUUGUGAUCAAUUAUCCAAAUGCCAUGCCUCUAUCAAAUUUACCGUUGCAAAAGAAGAUGUCGAAGCAAAUUCCAUCACAUUUCUCGAUGCUCUCGCUCAAAGACAAACCGGUGUCGGAUUCAAGACAAAAGUUUAUCGAAAAGACACUUUUCCGGUUCAUCGAGCCAUCAAGAUCUAUUCAACAUAUCUAGCUCUCCAUGAUGAAUUCGAUUUCAUUCGUGAACUAGCACUAAAAAAUGGGUACCCAAACGUCUUCGUUGAAUCUGUGAUUCAAAGGAAAUUAAAUUCGAUAUAUGCACCACGUCCAACGACACCACCAACACCUGAUACAGAUAUUAUCGUCUUAAGAAUACAGUAUUACGGGAAACCAAGUCAAAUAUAUGGCAAACGUGUUAUGGCGGCAGUGGCUAAACAAUAUCCAUUAAAGAAAGUGCAAGUUGUUUAUGAUGUAAAGGCUCGAAUCGGCCAACAUUUUACUACUGAAGAUAAAAUACAGACUGAAUUAAAAUCGAGCGUUGUUUACGAGGCAACUUGUCCUUUAUGCAAUGAAAAAUAUGUUGGUAAAACCUGCUGCCAUUUUCAAACACGAAUCAAUGAACACUUAUCAGAUCAGAAAAAAGCUAUGUCACCAACAACUAAUCCAUCAACGACAAUUUCAAAUCAACAUCAAUCAUCAAACAUAACGAUUGCCAGUAAAAAUUCCAAAGCAACUGCUCAGUCAUCAAAUCAAAGAACAUCGCUACAUAAACCUUCAAACUUAAAAUCUAACAUAAAAAAAACCAAUCAGCUCAUCAAAUGCAAACAAAGUUCAAAAGAAGGUUCAUAUGACAAGUUCACAAACAAAUAA